AUGGCCGAGGUAACCACCGUCGCGCUGCUCUUCGAGUGGGCCCAGCUCGACGGAGUAGCCUCAGCUUCUCUCAUGGCAGCCCUUGGGCUACAGGAGAGCGACCAUCCGCGGGUGCUCGCGAACGUGUCGGCUGAGGACUGGGACAGGGCCCUGGCAGCAUGGCGAGUUGGGGAGGCCCCGGCAACCCCGGCUCAAAGAUCCAAGGCGGUGGUGGCGAGGGGGGCUGCGGUGCCUCCACAGGCGCUGCCGGCACAGGCACCGUCGACACAGGUGCCGCCAGUGCAGACGGGCGCGGCCGCGGCGCCAGGUGCCGCCCUGGGCACCUUUGCGCUCAACACGGUGACGAAUCAGGCUUCCGAUGUCGUCAUGAGGGUGCUCGACGGCGACGAGCUGAAGGUGGCGUACAGCAACUACAAGGUCAUCUUCGGCAUUCACCCUCCUCCGGAGGAGGAGCUCACGGCGGAGCAGCUCACUGCGAUCAAGAAGAUGCUCGAUGUUGAUUUGGCCCCGUACAUGGAUUUCUCGGUGUGGGGCCCAUUUGGGAACCGCAUGGUUCGAAAGCUCAAGCUCCACGGCCAUACAUUCACCUCUGAGGGCACGUUCGUGCCUAUCGAGGUUGCCGGCCCGCCGAGCUUCGACUUUUGGGCUCGGUCGUAUCAGUGUCUGCGGACGGCGCUGAUCUCCUGGAAGGCCGUCGACUUGGGCCGCCUUGACCUCUACGCCGGCAUGGUGAAGCGCUACGUGACGCGCUAUGGGCCCACUGUCUGGUUGCAGAUCUACCAGGCGGAGGUGCGGUGCAGGAACGAGCGCAUGGAGCGUGUGCGCAGACGCGGUGAAGAAGAGCGCGCAGCUGCACUUGGCGCAGGCGGCGCCCAUCCCAUGGACCCCAUCAGGCCAUGGAACUGGGUCUGGGGCGAGGUCCUCAAGGACGCGGACUUCUGGCGGGUUGAGCUGGAGGAGCCUGCUCUGUUGACCCUGAACCGGGCGAUGGGCCAGGCUCCAGUCGGGGACGUGGCGGCGCCGAGCGCGCCCAAGCGCUUCCUCAACGUGGACGCGCCCGCGGCACCGCCCCAGAAGUUUGCCAAGGUGCACGAUGUGGACGGCAACGUGUUCCGGUCCAACCGGAAGGGCAAAAAGCUGUGCGAGGCCUUCAACCAGGGUUCGUGCCCUCACUCCCCGACGAGCGCGGUGUGCCCCAAGAACAGCGCGGAGAGUCACGUGAAGCAGGGUGCGGGCGUUGAUGCCGCGAUCUCUGCUGAGAACUCUCUGGGUGUCGAGGGCCUGGUCGGCAACGAGCCCGUCGUAGCUGAAUUCAAGAUGCUGCACCUGUUCUCCAGGCGAUGUGGGUUGCCUGGAGGUUUUGACGUGGCAGUGCGUGCAUGUGGUGGCGAAGUGGACGCGGUUGGCUUGACGGCGUCGGCGGAGCUGGACUUGUGCGACGAGUACGUGUUCGAGGGUUUCCUCGGCAAGGUUAGGUCCAAGACGUACGCCGCGGUGUUCAUGACUCCGCCUAGUAGCACGUUUCGCACGCCGACUGCGACGUGCAGCGAUGGGGGGCGCGGGCCGCACAUGCUGCGUGGGCGCGGAACUCCUGACAUUUAUGGUGUUCGCGGGCUUCGUGGGCGCCAUAAGGAGAUGGUCCGCGCGGGUACGCUGUGUGCCUUGCGGUGCGCUGUGGUUGCCGAUGCCUGCAUGGAGUGCGACGUCGUGUGGCUGUGGGCACAGCCGGAGUCGUGCGGCGACGAACCUCGCAUGUUCGACCUGCCCGAGGUGGCGCGGCUGCUGGAGCGCGAGGGCGUUCUCGGUACUUCCUUGGACCAGUGUGCGUAUGGCAGCCCGUGCCGGAAGCCCACUACGUUCGUAGGCAACUUGCAGCUGGUGGGCCUACGCUGCAGACAUGGGGCUCGGCAUCAUUGCGAACCGUGGUCGACUGAGAGCUUCGCUGCGUUUCCGGCGCCCCUGAAUAGGUAUGUGGCGGAGCAUGUCGCAGCUGCGGUUGCGCGGCGGAGGCGGCAGGGCGACGUUUCUGCACCUCGUGAGCCUGCGUGCGUCGGCCGUGGGCGCACGGAGCGCGAGCAGGUGUUGCGCGACGCGGCUCUACUGGCAUUGCGCGGUGACGCGCCGCCCGAACCCGGAGACGUGACCUACGAGAAUGCGCUGCGGGGUGCCCGGGUCAAUCCGAAGGAGGUGCGGCAGCAGGAAGACGCUGACUGUCUCGGCGGAAUGGCCCGGGCGGCAAAGGCAGUCGCCUCGCUGCCGGGCAACCUCGUCACAGGCGGCCGCGUGCGCGCAAUCUUGGACGAAUACUUGCACGAGAACCCGUCGGUGAUCGACGAGUGUCUGGACGCGCUUGGUUCCGAGGCCCCAGACGCUGGUCCGCGCGAGGCGACGUUGGACACGUUGCGCGCGCUGAUUGCGAAGCUAUUCGAGGUCACGGACGUGGGAGCGACGAAGAACGAGGAUUGCUCGUCGCCGAUUCGGUCGUCGCUCCUUGCCGCCUGGGCUGAUCGCGCCGGCGACCCGGGCCGCGAGGCGGCGAGGUGGGUUGCGUCUGGCGCUCCCGCCGGCAUCUUGGCGCAGCCGUUGUUGGCGGGCGUCUUCCCUCUGGCCGAUCCCGAGUCCGGCGACGUCGUGGCACCCGAGGACCUAGAUGCCUCGAUCGACGAUUUCCGGAACUACGCCGGAAUGGAGGAGGACGACGAGGUCAUGGCGCAGUUGCUUGAGUACACCAGCAAGGGCUACCUGAAACGGUUCGACUCCUUUGAGGCCUGCGAGGCUUACUUGGGCGGCCCCCCCGUGCUCUCGCGUUUCGGGGUGGUGUCGAAGGUGAGGUUCGGCAAGUUGAAGCGCAGAUUGAUCCUCGACGUGAAGCAGUCGGGGGUGAAGCUCAGCACUCGGCGGGUGCACAGAGUCCCCCUGCCGAGGGUGACCGACGUCAUGUACGACGUCCGGGACUCCAUCAGCAAGCGGCCGCUUGCCGCUGACGAGGCCAUCGAAUUCAUGGUUUUGGAUUUCGUCGACGCCUUCUGGAACAUCCCUCUGGCUAGGGAGGAGCGGCGCUUCUUCGUGGGGGUGAUGCGAGGCGUGUACUUCGUCUUCCUUCGCGCGGCGCAGGGGUCGCGCAAUGGGCCGUUAGCAUGGGCCGGCGUUGCGUCCCUGGCGGUGCGCUUGGUCCAGGCCGCUCUCUGGGACAAGGGCGAGUGCAACGUGCGCAUCAACACGUACGUGGACGACCCGCUGUCGAUGGUGAGGGGCACGACCUCUCAGAGGAGGCAGCGCAUUGCAGUCUUGAUCCUCUUGUUCCGGGCAUUGGGCUUUCCGCUGUCCUUUCGGAAGGGGUCUCUUGGGGCCCGCGUCGAUUGGAUAGGGCUGACCGUCCACGUCCAGCCAAAGGUGUUGCACGUCACGAUCGCCAGGCAGCGCGUCGACGAGUUGAGGGGGCUCGUCGAGGAAGCCUUGGCGGUGAACGUCAUUAGUAGGAAGUGGCUCAAGAGCUUCGCGGGUAAGGCCAGCAGCUUUGCAUCGGUGUUGGUCUUCUGGAGGCCCUUCCUUCAGUUCCUGUGGUCGGCGAUCUACGCGGCCCCGUCGGCGGGCGUCCCCAAGCACUGCGUCUGGGCCAAGCAGUGCGCGGUGUCGUUCAAGUGGAUCAAAGCGUUCCUGGACGGCAUCGAGGGCGAUAUGGUCCGCACGUUCGACUUGGAUCUCCAGCAGGUCUGUAAGGUGAGGAUUCGCAUGGUGUUCGACGCCUCGCCGUGGGGUGCCGGCGGCGUGCUGCUGGAGGGGGACAAGAUCGUCGCGUGGUUCGCGACGGAGUUCGGCGAGCAGGACGAGAUCGCCACAGGGGUGCAGUUUGGCAGGUCCGAGUCCCAGCAGGUCGCAGAGGCACUCAGCAUCCUGCUGGGGAUGAGGGCGUGGGCCAACUCUUGGCUUGGGUGUUCCCCGAGGCUUGAAGUGCGUUCUGACAGUGUCACGGCGCUCUACAUGCUGGCGCGGAUGAAGACGCACAGCCCUCACGUCGCCGUGAUUGCCAGGGAGCUGGCCCUUGCCCUCUCGGACGCCUGCGUCAGGCCAGACGUGGUGGCGCACAUCCCAGGCAGCCUUCCGGAGGGCGUCCCGGAUACGAAACUCUGGGAGUUCGUAUCUUCCGUGUCCGGGGCGGACGGCCUCCGGGAGGCGCGCCGGCCUCCGCAGGAUUGGUCCCUGGACGCCCAGUGCAACCCUCAACCGGACCAGGUCACCCGUGAAGCUGCUUGGCGGGUCGGCCUGGUCGUCGCCAGGGGGCCCGGCGUGGCGUCCGUACCGUUUUGGUUCCCGCUCAGCAUGCCGAAACGCAAACUGGCGCCGAGCGGCCCGCCGCGCUUGCGAUGGUCCGCCGCGGAGCCCACGGUGUCGCGGGCCGCAGCUGCUGCCGGGUUCAGCUUCCUGGGCCUGCUCCGGGGCGCGGCGGCGGCGGUCGGAGCGUCGAGGCAGCGACGCAAGGCCGGCCAACUGAUGCAAGUGGUAGCUCGCGGCACGACAUGCCCACGCUGCGGCCAUCGAUCGGAGGGCUCCCGAGCGAGUGCGCUGAACGACCUCAUGUCGGCCACAGUGGCCGCCUCGGCAGCUGCUCCGAGGGAGUCGCUGCUUCAUACGUGGUGCUUCUUCCAUGCCGCCUGGUUUGGUUCGGACAUUGACGUGCUCCCGGUCACAGUGGCCAAACUUUACGCGGUGGGGGCCAUGCUGCGUGCCGGCGGCUACCGGUCUGUUGGAAAUUACAUUUCUCGCGUCAAGGAUUGGCACCUGGAGCACGGCUACGCGUGGACGGAGCACUUGGAGCGAGCAGAACGACAGACGAAACGGUCAGUGACGAGAGGCAUUGGUCCAGCUCGGCAGUCUGCUGCAUUGGACGUUGACGUGGCAUGGAGAGCUACCGCUUCUUGCUCCCCGGAUCCUGUCUGCCCUGGAGGGCCCGUGGGCGCGGCGAACCUGGUAGUGGCGGGCUCAUUCUGGAUGCUCCGGGAGCUCGAGCUCAGCUUCGCGAAGGUCAAGCAUCUGGCGGUCGACGUCGGGAAGCAGUUCGUGGACUGGACGUUGCCGACCUCGAAGACUGAUGUUCGGGGUCUGGGGAAGGUUCGUAGAUGGGAGUGCAUUUGCCGUGGCGACCGUCUGCGUGCAUGCCCGUUUCAUGCCAUUCUGGACCAGCUGGCUGUCUUAGAGAGGAAGUUCGGCGGCACCGUCGACUUGCAGGAGUUGCCAGUGUUCCCUACGUUGUCCGGGGGGUGCGUUGAGAAGGAAGCGGUUGUGAAGACCAUCGAGUACGUGGCACUACGUUGCGAAGAGCGGCUGUUUGAUGAUCUUGGAGCUCGGCGCUUUGGAGGCCACAGCCUGCGCGUGACGGGUGCGAGACACCUGGCUGGAAUGGGGGUGAGCAUAGCGCUCAUCCAGUUGAUGGCCCGUUGGUCGUCCGACGUCGUUCUGCGCUACGUCGCGGAGUCGCCUCUCAGAGGUCUGUCGGACGUCGUGCGACGCGGGGCCGCAGCGGCGCCCCUUGGCCACACCAUCCAGGAGCUUGCCGCGCAGGUGGACACUUUGACGGAGGGCGCCGUCGCGGACAGGCGCACGUUGGUCUACUUGCGCGAAGAGCUGGAGCUUGCGAAAGCCAGGGAGGUGUCCCCGCCUGCGCCCAUGGUCUCAGACACCUUCGUUCGCAACCUGGAGUCGGGCGUUGUGCAUCGCCCGGCUGUGUGGUCGCGGGGCGUCGCGCCACGAUGGUGGCAAGCGUGGUGUGGUUGGUCUUUUGGAAGUUCCGCCUUCGAGGAGUGCGCUUCGUUGCCGACGUGCGGCGCCGAGCUGUGCGGCGUGUGCUUCCGCAGCGAGAAGCGCGAGGCGUUGCGUGCCGAAGCGUCCCUGGAGGUGGGCCCCUCCGGCGAGGUCGCGCGGACGGAGCCGGGGCCUGGCGCGAGCAGCGAGGCCCACCGACAACGUAUGCACCGUUAUCGCGGAGCCGAACGCCCACAUCCUGAACUGGGGCUACGGGAAAAGACCGAUGACAUCGGCCCACACUGGUGUGCAUAUUCGGUUGCGAAAGCGUUUCUUCAGGUUGUGCCACUUCCGACAUAUCCACUCACCACCAGAGGGGCUGCAGGGCCGAUUGGGUGUUGUGGAGGUGGGGUCUGGGCGAUUUCAUAUGCUGGCGAUUUGUGACUUAUCCGUAAGGGCUUCGCCCCGUGCCGCCGGCCGCC